AGAUUAAAAAAAAUUGCCACCUAGUUAUAUUUUAGAACGAUUAUAUAAUGUCAAAUGAUAUUGAAGAAAAACAACCAAACGUUGAAUGUUUAGUUGAUAACGAUAUCGAUGCAUCGCCAUCUAAACAUGUGGUGACUAAAACACGAGCUGCUCAAUUGGCAAGGUCGGAAAGAAAUCGACAAAAAGCUCUUCUUCUGCGCCAGUCCAAGUUAGCCAAUCAACAGAUUAAUAAAAAAGAUGGAAAAACUUCUGUUGGUUGCACAAGCGUUGUUGACUCGGGUGCCGGAUUCCUCAUCGAGGAAAACUCACAAGUUGAAGCAAAGAAAAUGAAAGUAACAGAAGAACCUGCGCCAGUAAUAGCUGGUGAUCUCACUAUUUGUAUAGAGUGCGACAAACCUUUCCUGGAUUCUUAUCUAUCAAGCACAUAUGAUCAUCCAGUGUGUGACAAGUGUAAGGACACCGAAGACAAACACUCAGUUAUUACAAAGUCUGAAGCAAAGGAAACUUAUUUGUUAAGUGAGGUAGAUCUGAUGAAACGCGAACCGCUACUUAAGUGUGUUGUUCGUCGUAACCCAAGAAACAACAGAUGGGGUGAUAUGAAGUUGUAUCUUAAGCUACAGGUUGAGAAGCGAGCACUGGAGGUUUGGGGAAGUGAGGAAGCUAUUGAAGAUGAACAUGAAGUACGGAGAAAGAAGAAGGAAGAUGCAAAGAUAAAGAAGUUUAAUAAAAAUAUGAAACAAUUAAGGAAAGAGGUCCGAAGCAGUUUAUACUCAGUUAAAGUGCAAGGCCACCAACAUAGUUAUGGUGAGGAACAACAUAUAGGAGGAGAUGAAUAUAACAAGACUUGUUCAACAUGCGGACACCAAGUUACCUUUGAGAAGAUGUAAAGAGUUUUCGGGCAGAGUUUAGCCGAGUUAAUGGCUGCCUUCGAGGGUUUGUUGAGCGAAUGUAUAUUUGUGCCACUAGAUGGAUCCAACACUCGCAACAUUGAGGUGUUGGGCUUGUGUUUCGAUUUAACACGCUGGCUUGGAACUAGGGGGGGGGGAUAUAUUUGAGCAAUACGUAUUACCACUGUGCUCUUUUAAUACAAUCCUAACUCAAAAUA